GACCAGACUACUUAACACCCUGACGUCUCGGUAACCUGUGGUAGAGCUCCCCAAACCUGCUUUCUAGGUACAGCUAGCAUCGGGGAAUCGGAAGUCUUCAAUAACAUCAUGAACAUCGCGCUAAGCUCCCUGGUUCUUGUGGCCUUGGUUGACCAAGGAAUGUCUACCUGUACCUACUUGCAGGGACGCCGUGAAAACACAGCGUUCGGCCGGACCCGGUACCUAUGUGACUUCCCCAUCAACAGCAACGGAAGCCGGGCAUCCAUCACCUUCGAAUUCGGCUCCAAGUUCUCUACCUCAGACUGUACUGAAUGCGAAUGUACAGCUGAUGGAAUGCGCUGUUGUGGUUUCGGCAUAAAUUCUGGGACUCCCCUUUACGCCCCUGAUGGUUGUCACGUGGUUGCUGAUGGAUGUAAGGCCCGGGUGGUUUAUAAGUCAGAUAACCGGACAGACUGCUACUCACAGGGCUACGGAUUCAAUCGUCGACCGAUGAACCCUUUCGCCGGGCAAUUCGACCAAUACGGGAUGUUUGGAAUGGGUGGGCCCGGUAUCAUGGGGCAACGCCGGGGACAAGCAAACGGCGGAGAGAUGGAAUCUGAGGGCAUUCUUCCCAUGCUACUGCCGUUACUGAUGGGAGCCAAUGGUGAGGGGGGAAUGUUCGGACUUGGAGCUCCACCCAGCGGAGAGGGCGGUAGAGCCCGGACAGGAGCUCGAUCACCAACGGAUCCUGUACAAGGCGGCAUGUCCGGUCUUCCGCCAUUGUUCCGCAUGAUGCUCUUGUCCAGUAUGUUUUCAAGCUAGACUUUUCUAACAAGUUCUUACUGAGGACAAUUUUGGGCUUUAGGGUCGAGUCACGAGUCCUAGUCACGUGAUUUCACAAUAAACACGCAUACCCAUGUCCCGAUUUGUCAAACAUGUUUAUGAAGAAAAAAAAAUGUCGUUUUCAUACUAAACGUGAAUCGAAACACGCAAUGUAUUGUUGUCUCUACACAGUGUAAUUAUUGUAGCAAGUAUGAUCGGGUAUUAUAUACUCAAGUGUUCAUAUGUCCGGUAAAGUCUUUCUGAAUGCAAAGUAAACUCGUCGAUAAUUUAGUUUUGAGCCGGCAUUCCUAAGGUGACAUUCCUAAGGGGCCCAUUCCUAAGCUGACAAUUAUGUUGGUUAGGCUGUGGCUAAGGUGACCAUAUUUACAGUUUCUAGUUUUUGUAUAUUUUUAAUCGCAAUGAAAAAAUUACUAUAAGUGUCCAUGAUCUGUAACAUGAUGUUUAUGAAUAAAAUACAUCUGUUGAAUUGUAA